UUCAUUGGCUCAUUCUCGUUUCGAAAGCGACCCGCAAGGGUAUUUAAGAACGUGUUGUGUCCCAAACGCUUUAAAAACAGGUAAAGGUGUCCGUUUGGCUUGAUCACAUACAGAUUAACUGCAAAAUGACCACAAACACCGUGAGAAAAAAAGGAAAGCAUCACGGACCAGGAAAUCCCUAUUCAUCCAGAGGAAUUCAUGCAGAGUUCCAGGGACCAGAAAUUCCACAUUUGGCACAGGCAAAUCGUCUUCCCAUGGAGAAUUUUGCCAAUGGUCCUCGCGAAGUUCCGGACUUUCAUGGAGGCUUUUCUAACCUCUCAAGGCCAGUCUUUCAGGAUGCCCGGUUGCCUUCAUACUCUCUGGGCAGGAGCAAAAAUAAUUCUUUUGGCGAAGGCAAAUCAUCUUCACCAGCGGAAGUAGUCAAUAACCCUCGUAGUUUUCCGUACGAUAAUGGAAGCUUUAUUAACUCUACAAAGACUGGCUUCGAGAGCUGGACACCUGCGUUUGGCAUGCCAGCAGCACAACAAGCACAGAAAGGACAAGUGAAGGCUAAUCAUCUUCCCAUGGAGCAUUUUUUACCAGCGGAAGUAGCCAAUGGUCCUCACGACAUUCCGGUCCAUAAUGGAGACUUUACAAACCCCACAAAGACUGGCUUGCAGAAGGAUGUCUGGAUGUCUGCAUUUGGCGUGCCAUCAGCACAAGCACAGAAAGAACAAAGAAUUAUUUCAGUGAAGGCAAUGGAUACCCCAUUGUGCAUUCAUUUUGAGGAGGAGGUACGACCAUGCAUUGAUCUCAUUGAUUCUCUGAGAGGAUUUGGUGUGGAUAAGGAUCUCGGACUUCCAGCCAUUGCAGUGAUUGGUGACCAGAGCUCUGGGAAGAGCUCAGUGUUGGAGGCGCUCUCAGGAGUGGCCUUUCCCAGAGGGAGUGGAAUUGUAACAAGAUGCCCACUUGAAUUGAAGUUAAAAAAUGUCAAAAAAGCAAAUGUUUGGAAGGGGAAAAUCAGAUACAAGGAUAAAACGAUAACACUCAGUAGUGCAGCUGAGGUGGAACAAGAAAUUCGCAAAGCCCAGGACAGUAUUGCAGGGCAGGGAGUGGGAAUCAGCCACGAACUAAUCAGCCUCGAAGUUGAAUCCACCAAUGUCCCUGACCUGACUCUGAUAGACCUGCCAGGUAUCGCCCGAGUCGCCGUUGGUAACCAGCCCCAAGAUAUCGGAGACCAGAUUAAGAAACUCAUUAGAUUGUUUAUUCAGAAACAAGAGACAAUUAACCUUGUGGUCGUGCCUUGUAACGUCGACAUAGCAACCACAGAAGCACUGAAAAUGGCACAGGAAGUGGACCCUUCUGGAGGCAGAACUUUGGGUAUUUUGACCAAACCUGACCUGGUGGACAAAGGAACAGAGAAGAACGUAGUUGACAUUGUGAAGAACCUGACAGUAAAGCUGGCAAAGGGUUACAUGAUCGUUAAGUGUCGUGGCCAGAACGACAUCAAUGAAAAUAUAACACUGGUGGAUGCAAUCGCAAAGGAAAAGGCAUUUUUUGAAGACCACGAACAAUUUUGGCCACUAUUGGAGGAAGGAAAGGCAGGCAUCCCAAAUUUGGCCAUUCGGCUUACAAAGGAACUGGUCAACCACAUUAAUAAAUCAUUGCCUCACUUGCGAAAUGAAAUAGAAACCAAGCUGAACGAGUCGUUGCAAACCCUCAAGAAGUACAGCCACGCAGUCCCCACUUCUUACUCCGAGCAAAUAACAUUCUUAAUCGAGAAAAUCAACAGCUUCUGCAACCACAUAAAAAAUCUGACCUUGGGAGAGGAACCUCAGAACCAGAUAGAUGGCGUGAGGUACAUCACCAAAGUACGAAAUGAGUUUGAUGAAUGGAACACAUUCCUGAACAAGCGUGUAUCAAAAUUCCAAACUCACUUGACAAAUGUAGUUGACGAAUAUGAAAACUCAUACCGUGGAAGAGAGCUGCCUGGGUUUGUCAACUACAAUACCUUUGAAUCCUUCAUUAAGGAAGAGGUCUCUACACUGGAAGAUCCAGCGAUUACGAAACUGAAGACAAUCACAGAAAUCACAAGGGAUAUUUUUACGGUCAUUGCCGAGCAACAUUUCAGUGCCUUUGGUAACCUGUUCAAAGCUGCCAAGGUCAAAAUCGCAAUUAUGAGCAAGAAGCAAGAAACGGAAGCAGAAAAGCUGCUGCAGGCCCAGAUUAAGGUUGAGGGUGUGGUGUAUUCUCAAGACAGUCUCUACAGUGACAGCCUUUCUAAAGCAAAAAACAAUUUGGUACAUCCUUUUGCAAAUGGCAGCAUCCAAGAAAUGUCGUAUCAUCUCCAAGCAUAUUACAAGAUUGUCUCUCAUCGACUGGCUGACCAGAUCCCCAUGGUCAUACGCUGCUACAUUUUAAACGAAUUUGCUGACAAACUACGGAUAGAGAUGCUUCAACUCAUCCAAGACAAGGAUCGCAUCAAUGUUUAUCUAAUGGAAGAUGCAGAUACACAGAGGACGAGAGAAGACAUCAAAUGCAAAAUAGACCGAUUGAGAGAAGCCCAGAAGACAUUGCUUGAAUUUGGUUAAAUGAGCAUUGAACGAAGGUCACUGAAUACUGUAAAGAUGUGUUCAUAUUUUGUUUGCUAAUUUUUAUAUUUCUUUCUAACUUCCGCUCUUGAAGGGAUUGAAUCCUUACUACUGUUUAGUCUCGGAUUUCACAAUCAUUCUUUGGUACCCGCGGCUUUUAUUCCUGUCUAAUUGCAGAAUAACAACCUAUCCAUGAACAGGUACAUGGAUAGGAUAGACUUAGAAGAAUAUGGGCUAAACACAGGCAGGUGGAACUGGUGCAGAUGGGACUUGCGGGUCAGGCUGGGCGCGUUGGGCCUGUUUCCAAAUUCUUUGACUAUAUAUUUGUGUUAGAGGAACUUAGGGUCCUCCUCACCCAAUUUCCAUAUUUGUGAUCUUACUCCUGGCUAAUGUCCUCUUUCCAAUCUAGGGACAUAUUUGCUCCCAUCCCAUCCUGACUGAGAUUGGCUAACUCUGGAAAACAUGGAUUGAUUUUAAAUUGAAGGAAGACACAAAAUGCUGGAGUAACUCAGCGGGACAGGCAGCUUCUCUGGAGUGAAGGAACGGGUGACGAGACCCUUCACCUGAGUGACUGUGUUACUCCAGCAUUUUGUGUCUUAUCUUUGGUGUACACCAGCAUUUGCAAUUCCUAUCUACACAUAUUGAUCUUAAAUUGUCUGUAUAUUGAGCAGCUCUGUGUAAACUAGUUUAAGCUGUCAAGAAACCUUUCAUUGUCUUUUGAUGCAUCUUAUGUGGAAUCUCCUUGCUUAAUGGACACACAAGAGAUUGAGCUUGCACAAAGCUCCUGGCUUUAAACGUCUUCUGCCCUUUUCCACAGAUGCUGCCUGACCCGCUGAGUUCCUCCUGCACUUUGUUUUUACACUUAGCUAAUGUUCCC